AUGGGAAAAUUGAAAAAUCUACAGAUUGUCUUGGACAAGAAUGUGUUUGGUCAGGGCGACGUCAUCAAGGGGCACAUUAACAUGGAGGUGGACUCGGACGGUUCGAAAAACAUGAAAAGUCAUGGACAGAGAACUGACAGAAAACUUGAAAUCCAGCCGGGAACGAACCGUAUCCCGUUCGAGUUCCAGCUCCCUAAUAUCCAGCCCCUCCCAUUUUCCUUCGAGAGCAAAGUGGGAUAUGUUCGCUACUGGGCCAAGGCAACUGUGUCCGUCAAGCAGUUGCUCCUGACCAAGGAUUACAAGACACUGAAGCACUUCAGUAUGAUCGGACCCACAGCUGAUCUCAACACCAUGGCUGACGUGCAGACAGAGGUGGACAAAACGACCACAACGCGUCAAUUCUUAAACGUUGGACGAGUGCAGAAUGUCACAACGGUCGGUCUGCCAAGGCGUGGCUAUGUGCCCGGCGAAAGCAUCACUGUCACCGGUCACGUGGAUAACCGCGUCGGCAAGAAUCAGAGGCAGUUUAAGGCAAAACUCGUUCAGAAAACUAUCUUCAAAUUCAAAGUGACUGACAACAACCGCUCUGAAGAUGUCACUUUAUCGACAGCGAGUGCGAAGGUGGCUUGCCAGCGGGAGGAUAGGACGGAUUUCACGGUAGGACCGCUGCUGAUUCCCCCGGUACCAGCCUCGGGCUUAGUUGGCUGCGGUCUCAUUGACAUCGAGUACUUCGUCCAGAUCAAGGAAGCUGAUUUGGACAAGGUUCGAUUUCUAGUGUAUAUCGGCACCGUGCCGCUGCGCACUUCUGCCCCCGUGCUCAGCCUCCCAGCUGCCCCCGUGCCCAGCCUCCCGGUUGCUACUGAUUUCACGGCCGAAUUAGCAGCACGACUUGAGAAAAGGAGCUCUCAGAAAUGCACAUCUUCAGCGGCCUCAUACGACGCGUUGCAGGAGGCAUCUCCCCCGUCUUACGAGGAGGCGGUGGGAGUGCCCGAUCAACCCACUGGCGGACAGGACCGGGAGGAUUACUUCAGGAGUGAGGACCACUUCGUCCCUCGUUACCCUUACUUCAAUCUCUCAGGCAAAUGA